AUGGCUUUGAAAUCCAGUCGCAGGGCGUCUCUGAGGCUUGACUUGUCUCAGACGUCUCCCUUGGACUCCCCCCCGGGCAUUGCAGCGCUGUUCUUGAUCCGUUUCGACAUUAAGAAAGGCUAUGUGAUUUCAUGGCAAAAGUCGGUACCGGGUGUUGACCUCGAAGGCGCCGUCGAAUACAAGUCACUACCGUCAGGGCUACACAAUGUUUCCGAAGAUCUCAUCUACUUCGUUCACGAUGAGUAUGCCGGCAUUUGCGCUUUUAUCAAUCGGCCCGCCGCAGAGACCGAGCGCAAUGCUCUGAUGUUAGCUGUUGGUGUCCUGGUUCCUUUAAGCCUUGGAAGACUAGGAAAGAAUUGGAGGCACGCAGUGGGCCUCAAGAAUCUUGCAAAUUCAAUCGCCCUCAGGCAAUGCGCCGACAAUUUAACGGACAGCCAAGCCCUCGCAGAAUAUUGGGAGAAACAUCACGUCCGCGAUAAUGAAAUGAGGCCCGAAGACUCUCCGCCAGAUUCACCAGCAGUCCUUCGCGGUAAUCCGAAACCCGAUAAUUCGCCAUGGAGAGGUUCCAUUGCCGACGCUGCAGGGUUAGAAGCUGCCAGGCCGGUUUUGGCACCUUAUCACCCUGCGUUGUCUCUUCCGGAGUUUGUGGAGAGCUUUGGGCCUCUUAUAUUCCCUCUGUAUAGAUCCUCUCUAUUACGGAGACGGAUUUUGGUCGUGACGGAAGCUCCAGUCCAAACAGCUUGUGAUUACGUGUACGGACUCGCACUACUGUCCUCCUUACCUCAAAUGCUGUCCCCUUUCUUUGACCAGGAGGGAGCGCCUUCUCUCCGUCCGCGACCACUUUUCAAUGUUGGAAUUCACGACAUUCCAUUUCUCUCAAGCAACAGCGAUGCGUCUUCGAGCUGGAUUGCCUGCACCACAGAUAAUGUCCUCACAUCAAAAACGGACUUAUUUGACAUCCUAGUCACACUACCGCCAACAGCAACCAACCCCACCCAGAAGCUACACAAGAUCUUCCCAAAAAUCUCCAUCGUCAAUAGACUUGAUCGGCAAAACACGCAAGGAGGGAAACUUACGCCCUUAAAAGCCACGCAGCGGGAUGCUCGUCGCUUCGUCAUACUCCGCGAUGGACUCCGUCGACUACCCAGUGCCGAAUCGCAAAAUGUCCAGGAGACAGACAACGACAUAGACGCCGCAUCCACUUUCUCGUCAUCUUCCAUCAUUGAGCCACUGUCCUGGCCGCGGCUCGCCUACACAUCUUUCCUCUGGUGGGCUUCUGCAGGCGAAAAGCGCUCUGGUCUAUCCGAGGAGGAAGAAGAACAGGACGAACAAGACACUAGCCUCUUAUCAAGCAGUCAUCAUCAUCGUCAUCAAGGACAACUCUCCCACCCUGGUCUUCAGUCUCAUGAAAGUGAUCAACCGCGAGAAAUCGCCCUUAUAGCCUACUUCCGACGAUUAACCACCCUUAUAUUCACCACCCUCGCUGAUGCCAUUGCCCGACAGGACGCCGUGGAAGAGACCGAUGAGUUCUCUCCCGCGGAAGAAUAUCACGAUGAUCCCGACGAACAAAUUGAAACACCAACCAUUGGCGGUGCAGCUUUCUCAGAUGAACGUGACGACGACCCACUACUACGUUCUUCAACCGGCCGAGAUGACGACGAAGACGACGCCAACAUGGAUGAUAGGCAGCACGAACCGGCACCGGUAUCGAUCACAUCCUCCGACAUCUUGGAGAUGGGACUCGACAUCUGGAGCGCCACCGAUAGAGUCUUCUUGGAAGAAUUGCUACAGGUGUGGUGGGGCCGUAAAGCGAAUGUGGACGGUACACGGAUUAGAUGUUGCGGUAUACCGAUAAUAUGA